AUGCAGACCAAUGUGGAAUGGCUACAGGAACAGAAUACAAUUCUUGAAAGAAAGAACAAGGUGUUGGGUGAAGGGGGAGGGCAGGGGAAGCAGACUGGCUGUAACAAUAUCAAGCAAGCUGUUUGCCUUGAAGCCAUCAAAAAUAUGUACAUAUCUUUAACUUCAGAUAAAACUGAUGCCCAAAGAAGGUGGUUCACUUUCAUUGGUGUGUGUGUCUUGAUUACCAUUGUUCACAUUGGUUGGGGAGGAUAUCAUAAAGCUUGGAUUCAGAGAUUACACAAUGCUGAAGGAUAUGUGUCCUCAAAUAUUCUACAUCAUACGUUACAAAGAUCACCAAUAUAUACUGAAUAUAGAUUGCAGGUGGUGGAUCCCCAGGUGUCCAGCAAUCUUGCCUAUGAAAUUAAACGCCCUGCUCUUGUCAGGUGCAAAUUCAAGCCCAACUGCACAAGCGCCGAGUUCUAUGGGCAGCCUCCUUCACCUAUUCCGGCGCCAGAGCUGGAAUCAGCACUCGGGAAGCGGACAGCUCCUUAUAGUCGAUCAGAGUCGCGCGGCAACGCCCCCGGCCAGGCCCGCCCAGCGCUCGCCUAUAAGAGAGGCCUGGGCGGGUCCUUGCCCUGCUUAGGCGCUUUCCCCACCCUCUGUCGCCGUUACUGCGCAGCGCAGGUGCAAAGAGCAAACCAAGAUGGCAGCCCCAUGGAUCUGGAGUUGAAGAAGGCCUUUACAGAGCUUCAAGCCAAAGUUACUGACACUCAACAGAAGGUGAAGCUUGCAGACAUACAGAAUGAACAGCUAAAGCUAAACAGAAUGAAAAAGCAUGCACAUAUUACAGAGAUUAUGACUUUGGUAGAUGAGACUAACAUGCAUGAAGGUGUAGGAAGAAUGUUUAUUCUUCAGUCCAAGGAGGUAAUUCAUAACCAGCUACUAGAGAAACAGAAAAUAGCAGAAGAAAAAAUUGAAGAAUUGGAACAGAAAAAAUCCUACCUUGAGCGGAGUGUCAAGGAAGCUGAGGACAACAUUCCGGAGAUGUUGAUGGCAAGAAGGGCCCAGUAG